AGAGAUAAAAGAGAGAGAAAGUAGAGAACUGAUCCUUAAAUCCAAUUUACUAACAACCUCUUUUUUCUGAAAGAAACAAACUAGGAAAGACUUCCUUUAUUGAAAACGAAACAAAGCUCUCUCUCUCUCUCAAUCAUUCCUCCCAACGAAAGCGAAGUCUGCUAGGAAAGAGGGAAAAAAAAAAGUAAGAAAAGAAAAGAAGGAAACCAGGGGGAAGUGUAGAGGAGAGAACAAGCGAGAAAACAAUCCCGUAAAGCCGCAGCAAAAUCCAUUUUCCUGAAUCCACACUCCCUUCUGUGAUGAUUUUAUUGAUUCGAAGUGUCUUCUCAUGUGGAUUUCUUUAUCUGAGCUGCGAUUGUUGAAUCAGUUUGGCCUAUAAAGUGUUAAUUAAUGUGGUCGCCAUCGGAACUAUCGAUUCUUUGUUUCCCUUGCUAGGGCUUCGGCUUCGAGGAUCAUCGGAUCUCUUCUGAGAUGGCGUUGUUUCGGAAAUUCUUCUACCGGAAGCCUCCCGAAGGACUUCUGGAGAUUUCUGAGAGACUUUUUGUGUUCGAUUGUUGCUUUUCCACGGAUGUUUUGGAAGAAGACGACUAUAAAGUCUACAUGGAAGGAAUAGUUGGACAACUUCGUGACCACUUUCCUGAUGCUUCAUUUAUGGUAUUUAACUUUCGAGAGGGAGACAGGCAAAGUCAGAUUGCCAACAUUUUGUCCGAGUACGAUAUGACUGUAAUGGACUACCCCCGGCAGUAUGAAGGUUGUCCAUUACUCACAAUGGAGUUUAUCCAUCAUUUUCUGAGAUCUAGUGAAAAUUGGCUUUCUCUUGGGGCAAAGAAUGUGCUGUUAAUGCACUGCGAACGAGGUGGAUGGCCAGUGUUGGCUUUCAUGCUGGCUGGACUUUUGAUUUAUAGGAAACAGUACACUGGGGAGCAGAGAACCUUGGACAUGAUUUAUAAACAGGCUCCCUGUGAGCUUCUGCAAUUGCUUUCACCACUGAAUCCACUACCUUCACAGCUGAGAUAUCUUCAGUAUGUCUCGAGGAGGAAUGUGGCCUCAGAAUGGCCUCCUUUGGAUAGGGCACUUACAUUGGAUUGUGUUAUUCUUAGAAUAAUUCCUAAAUUUGAUGGAGAGGAAGGUUGCAGGCCAAUAUUUCGAAUAUAUGGACAGGAUCCCUUUAUUUCUACUGAUCGGACUCCUAAAGUUCUAUUCUCAACACCAAAAAAAGGCAAACUUGUCCGGCUUUACAAGCAGGCAGACUGUGAACUAGUUAAAAUUGACAUCAAUUGCCAUAUUCAAGGUGAUGUUGUGCUUGAGUGUAUUAGUUUGGAUGAAGAUCUGGAGCGUGAAGAGAUGAUGUUUCGUGUCAUGUUUAACACUGCUUUUAUUAGAUCAAACAUCCUGAUUCUUAACCGUGAUGAAAUUGAUAUAUUAUGGGAUGCCAAAGAUAGGUUUCCUAAGGAUUUUAGAGCAGAGGUUCUUUUCUCGGAAAUGGAUGCUGCUGCUUCACUGGUCACAGUGGAUUUGCCUGCUGUUGAGGAGAAGGAUGGCCUUCCCAUUGAAGCAUUUGCUAAGGUUCAAGAGAUCUUUAACAGUGUAGAUUGGUUUGACCCAAAGGCAGAUGCAGCCCUAAAUGUGCUUCAGCAUUUAACCGCAUCAAACAUUCUCCAGGAGAAGUUGGAGACUGGUUCUCUCCAAAAUGCUUUAAUUGAUUCUCAGUCAAGUCCUCAGACACUUCUUGAGAAACUGAAGCCUGUGGUGUCAGAAAAUAACUUCAAGAGUUCCAUGUCUGUGGCAGUGGAGAAACAGUCCAUGCCUUCUGUCAAAUCAUCUACAGAUUUAAAGUCAAUGAAAAAGAAGGUUAAGCCCCAGGACUUGCAGGUUGCUCUUCAACGGCCUGGUCAAUCAAAGAUCAUAUCGCAACGAAUACCUCAGACUUCUGUUUCUAAUCCAGUUUCACCUUCUAAUUCUUUGCAAGGGUCACCAGCGUCCAUGUCAAGAUAUCAUACUGAACCCUCAGCUCUUGGUAUUACGGCUCUCUUGCAUGAUCAUGCUUCACAUGGAAGUGCAGGAGACACUAAUCCGGAGACAACAUCUCCACCUUCCCCAGCUCCUUCGAUUGCCACUGUUUCACAAUUACCAAAACCUGUGGGGCAUGUUAAUUUUUCAAAUCCACCACCAUCUCCACCACCUACUUCGGUGGCUUCUAGCAAAAUAACUUCUGCAAAUGCCCCUCUUCCACCACCUCAUCAAUCGUCAGAUUCAGAAGCACAGUCUUUGUUGACCCAGCAUCCUGGAACCUCUUCAGCAGGUAGAGUUUGGUCAUCGGUUCCUCCUCCCUCUUCAGGGACGUCAUCUACCAUUGCUAACUCAGAUGUUAAUCUUCCUUGUCCUCCCCCUGCAACCCAGUUGUCAGGUGCCACUGUUAAGAAAUCAUUGUCAAUCCCUUCUGCCCCUCCUACUACUGGACCUGUGACUGCUUCCUCAAUGCCCUCUCUACCUGCUCCACCUCCUCCACAGCCAUCUAUGAAGCCAUCUUUUUCUCCUCCUCCUCCACCUCCACCUCCACCUCCACCUCCACCUAUGAAGAACCCAGCUGCUUCUCUGGCUCCUCCUCCUCCACCUCCACCACCACCACCACCAAUGAAGAACACAGCUGCUUCUCUGGCUCCUCCAGCUCCACCUCCACCUCCAGCACCAAUGAAGAAUCCUGCUGUCUCUCCUCUGCCACCCCAACCUAUGAAGGCAGGUGUUACAGCUGGCCCUCCUCCUCCUCCUCCUCGUCCUUUACAUUCGGUCAUCCCAGGUUCUACUGUUACUUCUUCAGCACCACCACCUCCUCCUCCUCCAGGCUCUGCAUCAAAGAUUCCUGACACUCCACUACCUCCUCCUCCUCCAGGCUUUGCAAAGAUUCCUGGCACUCCACCUCCUCCUCCUCCUCCAGGUUUUGCAUCAAAGAGUCCAGGCACUGCCUCUCAGAAUUCUCCUCAAGUUCCACCCGUGCCCCCUCCUCCUGCAGGGAUUCAGAGAACCACUAGUUCUUCUUCACAAUCUCCUGGACCACCUCCUCCUAGUGCUCCAUUUGGUGCAAAGGGUCGAGGUCUAUUACGAACUAUGGGUGCUAAGAGUCAAUCCAAAAAGGCUUCUCUGAGGCCAUAUCAUUGGUUGAAGUUAACACGAGCAAUGCAAGGAAGUUUGUGGGAGGAGACACAAAAAUCUGGUGAAGCUGCCAAGGCUCCAGAGAUUGACAUGUCAGAACUAGAAAAUCUCUUCUCUGCAGCAGUUCCAAACUCUGAUCGUGGAGGUUCAGGCGAGAAAUCCAAGCGUGCCUCUGGACCUAAAUCUGAUAAAGUCCAUCUGAUUGAACUAAGAAGAGCUUACAAUUGUGAAAUAAUGCUUUCAAAGGUUAAGAUGCCACUGCCUGAUUUGUUGAGUUCAGUGCUUACAUUGGAUGACUCAGUAUUAGAUGUUGAUCAGGUUGAUAACCUCAUUAAGUUUUGUCCAACAAAAGAGGACAUUGAACUACUUAAGGGCUAUAAUGGAGACAAGGAAAACUUAGGGAAAUGUGAACAGUUCCUUUUAGAGUUGAUGAAAGUACCACGGGUGGAAUCUAAACUUAGGGUUUUUUCAUUUAAGAUACAGUUCUGUACCCAGGUUUCUGACCUCAGAAAAAAUUUGAACAUUGUCAAUUCUGCAUCGGAAGAGAUCAGGGGUUCUGUCAAAUUGAAGAGAAUCAUGCAAACAAUUCUUCAACUGGGAAAUGCACUGAACCAGGGCACUGCAAGGGGUUCUGCCGUUGGAUUUAGAUUGGAUAGCCUCCUUAAACUCACUGAUACUCGUGCCAGGAAUAACAAGAUGACUCUGAUGCAUUAUCUUUGUAAGGUUCUCGCUGAUAAGCUACCGGAACUUCUAGAUUUUCAAAAAGACCUCGUGAGCUUGGAAGCUGCAUCAAAGAUACAAUUGAAAUAUUUGGCAGAGGAGAUGCAAGCCAUUAGCAAAGGGUUGGAGAAAGUUGAGCAGGAAUUAACUGCCUCUGAAAAUGAUGGUCCUGUAUCAGAAACUUUUCGCAAGAUGUUGAAAGAGUUUCUUAUUGUUGCUGAAGCUGAUGUUAGGUCUUUGGCUUCACUAUAUGCUGGGGUGGGUAGGAAUGCUGAUGCAUUGGCCCUUUAUUUUGGAGAAGAUCCAGCUCGUUGUCCAUUUGAGCAAGUUGUUUCUACUCUACUCAACUUUGUGAGGAUGUUUGGACGGGCCCACGAGGAGAACUGUAAACAGAUUGAGCUUCACAAGAAGAGAGCACAAAAGGAAGCAGAAAAUGAAAAGAUGAAAACUGGUGGUGCGAACAAGGAACCAGAAAGUUUGCAGAUUGAACUUGAAAGGAAGAAAUCACAGAAGGAAGCAGAAAAUGGAAAGAUGAAAACUGGUGGUGCAAAAAAGGAACCAGAGCGUUUGUUACGGACUCCAAUCGAGAGUGGCAACAUCAAAUGAUUUGAUGGUCUUUAUAGAUACUCAGUUGAUCAAACUGAAGAAUUUCCCCUUCUCAGAGAGAGGAAGAGAAUGUACAUUCUCCAUCAUCAUCACCAAAACACUCCGUGGAAGAUAGAACAAUAAUGGCAGUACUUAGACUAUUGUUGAGGAUAACAAGGGGAAUGAAUAUCUGAUGAUUUGGCACAAGGAAUGAAUGGGAUGAGAUAUUUAUGAUGAGCCGCAAAAUAUAGGAAGGUUGAACCUGUAUUUUAAAAGGUAAACUUUCUUGCUCCCCUCUCCCCAGCACCCGCCAGAAAGAAAAAAGAAGAAAAAGAAAAGGUUCUUUUGUUCUGUUGUUCCACACUAUUGUCUUAGUCUGGUUUUAUCUUUUGGAACAGAGAAGGGGGAGUCGGUGUAGUCCCUUCCAGAUUUCAAUAGGUGAGUUGUAAAAUAUUCACGUUCAGUCAUUUGUAAAAAUGUUUGAGAUAGAAAAUGUUUUUUCCCGCCUUCUUUUUGGCCGUGAUUCACAUUUUUUCUUUGUUCUUUUUGCAAAUUAAUUAACUUUGUUCUGUAUAUUUUUGAAUUAUAGUGAUGUAAAUGUCGUCUUGAUAUAUUUCAUGCAAUUGUUCCAAAAACAA